GUGACGACACAGCAGCAACACCCAGGAAGCUCAAUAUAGAACACAGCAGCUGGCACUGACAGGGACAGGAAGGGGGAUACUCUGCUGCUCCCUCAGGCAUAUACAGUGACAUAACCAGCUAUUAGCUACACUCCCCCACUGCUUCGUUUCUGCUGAUUACCCACAAUCUGGUGGAUGACUCAGCAACACCAGCCAGAAGCACCCGAACCGCUAGCCAAGAAGCGCAAGCUAGAGACUGCAGAGGAUGCUACAGAUAACAAAGGUGCUCAGACUAUACCCAUGUAUCCUGCGCGAGAGAAGGAGAACCCCAAUCUGUACCUGGAGACAGUCCACAGAGAGCUACUCGAGCCAGAUGCUGCAAGGCUAUGCUCCGUAACGCUGGCAGAUACAAACGUCUAUGCCUGUCUCAGCUGUGGCGAGUAUCUACAAGGACGUGGCAAGGCGACGCCAGCAUAUGCGCACUCGCUGGAUACAGACCACCGUCUAUUCUUGCGCACAACCGACUCUGUCAUUUAUGUGCUUCCCGAGGGUUCUCUCUGCAAGUCUCUGCUGCUCCACGACAUCAAACAAGCGUACAAUCCUUUCUACUCGCAGACCGAUCUCAAUGGUCUAGACACGCUUGAACUUCACGAGACAAGACCCGGCAUCUACCAUGGUCCUGGUCUGAUUCCCAUCCACAAGCUCGGCAGGGACGGUGCGCUCAAUGCGAUCUUUCAUGCUCUGUCCCAUGUUCGCAUCCUACGCAGCAAGCUCCUCCAAUUGCCAAACGACAGGGACUAUUACGCUGGCUUGCCGCCACUCCUGCAAGAACUAUCCCUCCUUUUCCGCAAACUUUGGCGUCGUGGAUUGCGCAAUCAUGUCUCUGCAGUCCAAGCAGCCGCUCGUAUGUCUCACACCUCACUCGGAGUCUUUGCGCAGGAGAAGAAACUAGUCCCUGCACUUGUGCUGGCUUUCCUAUUGGACACAUUGCAUCGCCAGCUCGGCGGCUCUCGAACAAAACCAGCGCCUAUUAGCAUGGACACUGCCGACGAGAAAAUCGAAUUGCCAAGGUGUGCGAAGCAUACUAUUAUCUCAACAGGGAUGCAAGGUGUCUUACUGAUUCAAACUCAAAAGAUACAGGAGUUGACCGAUGCACAGGCACCGCAAUUGAGGUUUCGCGACGAUCCAAAUGCAGAGGCGACACUUGUACCGUACAAGAUCCUUGCGUUAACGCUUCCACCCAUUCCUGUCUUCGCCGGUGGUGAUCCCGGAGCCGUUUCUGCCCAGUUGUGUGUGACAUUGACAACCUUACUCGAACGCUAUAGUGGAAAUCAAUUUGAACAACUCGGCAAUACACGCAGGCGUUACAAGUUGCUCUUCCUCCCGGAAAAGACGCUCAUCUUCUCUAUUCAACGCACUGUGGAGGGUGAAGCGCACCGCAACAGGGUGAUUGUGCAACUGCCAAUCACGAUUGAUAUGUCACCACUGCUUGUCAAGCCACAAGGACCAGCCCUCUUUGAUCUGUUUACAGUAAUUAUGCAAGACCCUCUGACAGAUGACUGGUUUGCUUAUACCAAACGCAUGGUUGGCACACAAGCAAGGUGGUUUAAGGUUUGCGCUGGUAUGGAAGCGAGGCAGGUUCCGGCAUCCGAGCUGUUUGUGGGUGAAGCGAACAUUGCAUUUUAUGAACGCCAAACAAGCUGAAGCAUGCUUGUACUUUUAGCAUAGUUGCUUACCUAAUCCAUUGUUGAACUGUACUACACUUCACAAGGCAGUCAUGAGUGCUAGAGACAGUAUUGAA